AUGCUCGCUGAAGAGUGCAGGGAGACAUGGACGAGUGUGGCUUGGGAUUCGACUGUCCCCAGCUUCAGUAGCUCGGUGCUACUGACCACCGAAGACCUGGCAUCCCUGCUUUCCGAUCAGUGGGUCAACGAUGACAUGGUUAAUGCUGGGCUGGAUCUCAUCUCCCGACGACUCUCAGACAACAGCCGUACUCGCGUCGUACACUGCCUAUUCAUCGCAUCAUUGCAGCGCGUGCAUAGUCGUGGCACAUACGCGCCACGGAGACAAACACCUGUUGACAUUGCUAUUCAGGCCGACGAUGUUGAUGAGCUCGUGUUCACACUGUUCAUACACAACUCCCACUGGACGGUUCUUGUCAUAUCACUCCCUACGUAUACCUAUACGUACUGCGACUCGAAGAAUGCUGCCGCCAAACCGCCGAACGAAACGAUCAAACUUCUUGAGUGGUGGCUGGGUCAUCUGCGCUCCGACCUUGUCGCAAAAUCACUUGUCGUGUCGCCUUCGCCCUCUUGGCAUGCCCCGAGACAGGCAGACUGCAACUCAUGUGGGAUCGUUUGUCUUAGUCUUAUCGCCGCAAAGCUUCUUGACUACGAACCAUGGACACAAUCGACAUCAGCCCAGCAUCAAAUGGAGUGGUAUCUUCGGCUUUCCGAAGCGCUGCAAGAUGCCAGCGAGCGCAAACACGAUAAGACCUCAUCGACCUCUACACCAAAGCCUCCAUGUACACCCACUUCUGCGACGAAGGCUAGGGCUGCUGCUGCACUCGCCCAGGCUGUCGCUGACUCGUCAGAGGCCGAUCAGCGCCAGAUAAAGCAGGUGAGACGCACCACAGGAGGCACAUCAUCUCACGCGUCAGACUCUGCCGACUCUUCCCUUCAGGCUUCGCGUCAAGGCAGGGCAGAGUCGAAGCGUGGCACGAAGACAUCAUCAUCGUGGUUGAAGCAGAAAGCCCUGCGCAAUCGUGUUCACGAUGGCACUUUCAAAAUCAAUAACAGCAAGCUACAGUCGUUUCGAGACAAGGUCCGUGUGGACGACACCCAUGCCGAGUUCAAGGCAAACGACAUUCUAGCAGUACGGUGCUCGGCAUGUGCGGAGUGGUUGACUAUGCGUGUACCUUACGAUAUUAAGAACUGGAAGACUCAUCGUGCUACGAAAAAGUGUUCACGCAAUGCUGCGUCUGGGCGAUCAAACAUCUCACUGCAGAAGAUGUUCGCCAGCAAUGCACGUCCCGCGAAACCCAAGCCUAUCCAAAAGCUCCCGUGUCCAGGCCUGACGCGUGAGUCCAACAAGAAGGUGGCGCGUUAUCUUCGUCGAACGAGCACACCUGGGGGCGGCGCACCUUCCCGCAUGAAGAUCGCACAGGAUCUCUUCAGACUCAAAAAGAAGAAAGCACGCUGGGCCUCGCUAUCGGACAGGCGACGGCAGAUGGUGCUCCGCCAUGAACAAACACUCUAUCGCUGGGUGAACCGGAGGGAUGUCGGGGCAGUCUUUGCUACCGAUUGCCACGUUUUUGUGGCCGUCUUAGGAGAUGACAAGGAACCACCUCCCUGCCUCGCGUGUUUAGGACUGUACGGUGUCCAUACAUACCAAGUUCAGCUGAAUCGACCUUUGCCGGACGAAGACAAAAUGAAGUUUGUCCCGAUCAUUUAUCGCUGCCAAGACCUAGGGGAGCUGUACCUCAAAUAUAAGGGCCUUCGUCAACUAGUCGAGACGGAUGAUGGUCGCUUGCCAUGGCUCAGAUUCAGUCAGGGUGUCGUAGCCGGGCACUAUCGUGACUAUGACGUACUCCUUGGAUGUGUAGAGGCCAUAGUCACGAAAGUGACCCGUAUACAAAGAGGCAAAUCACUACGUGGCAUGGUAUAUCCACGCAUCUUCACGGACUUUGUCAACCAUCUUGCAAUGAUCUCUCCAUGUGGGUACAAGGUGUUUCAACACCACUUCGGAGGACCUGCAUUCCGGAGCAUACGUCGGUGGAGAACGAAACUCUCUGGGUUUCUUCCUGGAUUUGUGGCAAGCAACAUAGACACUGCCGCAUCUGUGCUUCAACAGCUGGAUUAUCAUGGUCCAGUUGCCCUCGCCUGGGACGAUACAUUGAUGGAGGCGGCACUCUCGAUCUGGCAAGAAUCAAAGGAUAGCACCUGCCUCAUUCUGGGUGCUGCCAGCGGUAUUAUCGAGGUCUCCGAGUCCGACGACCUAGACGAGGUCUUUGAGCGAGCGAAGCUAGACAGAGCAGAUAAGCUUCGCCUCUAUGUCUUGACAAUCCCUUUGCACAAGGUACCUCCUAUCAUCAUUGCUGCGAUCACCCGUGGCUCUCGGGAUGAUGCCGAAUCACUCACCAAGAUGCACCUCGAAGUCGUUCAGCUCCUCAACAAUGCGAAGAUCUACCCCGUUUCUUUUGCGUCUGACGGGUCUGACGUUGAGCGGUCACUACAGCGGAACAUCUUGAAUACAGCAGAGCGAUAUAUUCCCUACGUCAUUGAGCAUUCCACUGGCAUUCCUGCUUGUCGAGUCGAGCUUCAACUUCAUCUCUUUGCUGAUAACCACCCCGCCACCACUUCGCAAGACCCUGAGCAUGCGCGCAAGACCACUCGUAAUCAAUGUCUCACGGGAUCACACAUUCUUGCCGCUGGAAAUCAUCCUUUAUACUUCGCACAAGUCCGUGACUUUGCGAUACAACCUCACACUCCACUCUUCCGUCGCAAUGUCGAGAAGGUCGACAAGCAAGAUGACCGAGCUGCUGCCCGUUUCUUCUCAGCCGAAGCUCUCUCGCAGCAUCUGCAACUGUUCCCUGAGAGGGUCGCGCUAUCUACGUAUAUGUUCGUCCUUGGUGAAGGUAUUGAUGCGUGGCUGAAUCGGAAUAUGGUCUUGCGCAUGCGCUUCUUCUUAAUGGUGUGGCGUAGUUUCAUUGAUCAUCAUCCCGAAUACUCGCCCCACAUUCAGUUCAUCUCGCACGAAUCCUAUGACAUAUUCCUCACGCUGUGCAACAGCCUACUCUCCUUGAUCUUGAUCUAUCGCCUCUGGUACCCAUCCUAUCCCCUCCUCCCGUGGCUUCACUCCACCUCGCCUGUUGAACAUACCUUUGGUGUCCUGCGCACACUAAAGAAAGACUUCACCUACAUCGACAUGAUCCACUUGGAGCCGAAGCUACGAAUCCUGAUCCUUGGCGACUUCGCAAACAUCUCACCUGAAGAGCAGGCUAACCGGACGGCAGGAGGCUAUGCGCACACGUACUACAGUGCAGACGACCUUGACCUCAAGAACCUCCUGAUGUGGCCUACGGAUAGCGAGCUGAGAGGUGCUUCAAAUGCGGCAUAUGAGGAGGCAUCUCAACUACUUGCUGUCCUUGGAAUAGAUGCUGCGCGCAUGCUACGUGACUAUCAAGCCCCGUCAGCCUCUCGUGCGCAAUCUGCAAGUGGACCCAGAGAGCCGCAGACACUCGCACAACUACUUGCUCUGUACGACCAUACCUCAUUCCAGUCUCAGGCCGAUGAAAGCGAGUUCGACAAGUGUGUGGCUGCCUUGGUCACUGAGAGUACUGAUCGAAGCUUGGCUAUAUCAAAUCUACCGGAUGCUCAAGAGACCAAGAUUUUGGCUAUCAAGGACAGUAUUGCCUCACAGGUAACCUCUCAAUCGACACCCGCAGCCAAGAGUGGUGUUAGCGUCCCUGGCGAAACACUUGUGUCCAUGACCCCUGAGCCAUGCCGUAUUCGUAACGCAGAUCUCGUUGCCCAGCGCACUCGUCACCAGACAGCUUUUACAGCCAAGGCCAUACAUAGCAUUGAAGAGCCCAACGGUGCCAGACCACCAAAUUUACGUGACGAACUUCUGCGACGACUCAAGACACUGGGUCCAAGCAUCGAGAACUCACUGCCAAGUACAACUGCCGGUGCUGAUCGCCACGUUCGACACACUGGGCAGUUUAAAUUCGGACUACUGCGUCAACAGGCAUUUCUGCCACUGCAGGAUAUACACGAGACAAUAGCUACUGCAAAUAUCAACUUACUUUGUCCGCUUGCAAGCGGAGAUUUUGUCAUGGCACGACACCCUCGUGCGGACGCAGCACAGGAGAUAUUGAUUGGCCGAGUGAUGACUCUAUAUGCCAAGAGCGAUGGGCGCGGUGCCAAGCACGACUGGACAGCAUCUGCCCAUAGCAUUGGGGCAGUGUCCUACGUGAUGGUGCAAGUCUACACGGUUCUUCAAGGCUCCCUUUACACCUCUAUCACACAGCCUCAAAUCCAGGCGACGACUUUCUUGCGCAUUCCACGGACCCAUUUGAUCAUGUCCCUCAGUUCAUUCUCGGGAGACAUAACAGUACAGGCACUCCAGUUCGGUGAUGCUUCACCGAUGGAGUUUGUUGCACUUGGCGCACGCGUGUCCCAACUCCUGAGGACUCUCACCAACCGGAAGAGUGACGUUUGUAGGGCAGUCAAGACACUUUGCCAGCUUCUGAACCCGCGGCGGAAACCAGUUGCACCGGCUUCUGCGGCGGCAAGUGCAGCUAACCCGACUGAAGUGUUGCAGAUGGUUGGUGAUGGAUUCGAAGAGAGCUCUGACAGCGACGAGAGUGCGUCGUAG